CCACUGCGGCGGCGCGCGCCACGUUCCGGAAGCGGAAAUGGACAAGAGCUCAGGGUAGGUUUCUCAAGAUGGCGGCCUUCAAGGGUUUGGUGUCCGCCUAUGGGGGGCUUCUCCGUGGGCUCCUAGCGGGCCCGGCAGCGACCAGCUGGUCUCGGCUUCCAGCUCGCGGGUUCAGGGAAGUGGUGGAGAUCCAAGAAGGGAAGACAACUAUAAUUGAAGGCCGUCUCACAGCGACUCCCAAGGGCAGUCCAAAUCCUCCUAACCCCUCUGGCCAGUGCCCCAUCUGCCGUUGGAACCUGAAGCACAAGUAUAACUAUGACGAUGUUCUGCUGCUUAGCCAGUUCAUCCGGCCUCAUGGAGGCAUGCUGCCACGAAAGAUCACAGGCCUAUGCCAGGAAGAACACCGCAAGAUUGAGGAGUGUGUGAAGAUGGCCCACCGAGCAGGUAGAAGGUCCUGGGGACCAAGAGGGGCAGAGGGCCGCAGGCGCUCUCUCCCUACCCGGCUGCCCCAUGUUUCAGCCCCUCCUGGAAGAAAAGAGGAUAUCCAGAGUGUUAAUUAUACUCCCCAUCCAAUGCCAACCUCCCCACUCCCUUGGGCUUUCCCUCUGGCCCCCUCAGAGCUGCAGAGGGAGCUGCAAAGACUAUCCCAUCUUCCCCCCACUCAGGUCUAUUACCAAAUCACAGGCCUCGGCUUCCUGAAGGAGUUGUUCCGAAAAGCAAACCUCAACUCAACCGGUACCUGACGCGCUGGGCUCCUGGCUCCGUCAAGCCCAUCUACAAGAAAGGCCCCCGCUGGAACAAGGUGUGCAUGCCCGUGGGGUCACCCCUCCUGAGGGACAAUGUCUGCUACUCAAGAACACCUUGGAAGCUGUAUCACUGACAGAGAGCAGGGCUUCCAGAGUUCCUCCUGCACCUGUGCUGGGGAGUAAGAGGCACACUCAUAAGCCCUCGGCCGCAACUAUACUCCAGACCAUGAUGGCCUGGCCCCUUCGACAUGGAUGGACAGGGGACAGUGGGACUAACUUCAGUACCCUUGGCCUGCGCAGUAGCAAUGCUGGGAGCUAAAGGCAGGCAGGGCAGUUGGGUCCCUUGCCAGGUGCUGUGGGGCUUGGGCCAUGCUCAGUGCUGGGGACAGGAGUUUUUCCCAAUACAAUGUCAUAAACAUUGAGUUUGGGCUCGUGGGCUUACCCACUGGGUGUGUGCUCACUGCCUGGGAAGUGCAGGGGGUUCUGGGCACAUUUCCAGUUCGGUGCAGAGUGUUGAGUCACUGAUCUCUUGUGAUGGGGCCAAUGAGUCAAUUGAAAGGAAUUCAUGGGCCAAACAGGUCCCAUCCUCUUCA